GAUGACGAGCGAUGAGCUCAGUUGGAUAAUACAUCUUGCAACCCUCCUCCUCCUCCACCGAAGCGCGCGCCACAAAUCCAACAAAACCUCACCAAAAGGCACCCUCCUCUUCCUCAGCGCAGGCAUCCUCUGCCUCGCCAUCGCACAAGCAUCUACAUCCGCCAGUGUGGCCCUGCAAACCGACUCUUCCACCCCGGCAACAAUCACCCACGCCUUCUCCCUCCACUACCGCGGAAGCUUCAACACCGCACCAGCCCAGAGCAGCACCACUUCCGUCUCUCUCAGUUUCCUGAACGCGUUCGCGUUCAUCGUUGAGACGGUGUGUUUGAAUGGCGCCGUGUGGUUGCAUUCUUCGCACGCGACUGCCAACGGGCUUGCGGUCGGGCAACCCUCGCGCGUGUCGGUGAUUGGGAAUUCGUUGCUGUUGGUGGUGAUGGCUGGGACGGGGUUCGCGUCGUGGGGGCUCGGCAUGUCAGCGGACACGCCGAGCGAGAGGUAUGGGAGCGUGCUGCAGGAUCAUGUCCCCAGUCGCGUCGUGUAUACUGUGUUUAGGGCUUGUGUGGUUGUUGCGACGGCGAGUGUGGCCGGGGAAGCGUGGAGACGGUUCGCGCAGGUUAAAGCGCAUAGUUCGAGACAGGCUUCUGAACGACCCAUCCUCACGCGCCUCGCGCUCCUCGCCGUGCCGGUGCUCAUACUCCGCAGUAUCUUCAUCGUUCUCGACAUUGCGCUGCUGUGGGUUUCCAACACAUAUCCGAACUGGAGCUACACCACGCAAGAAGCCAUUGCGUUUUUGCUCAUCAUCUUUGGGCCGUACGCUGAGAUAUGGGUGUUUGCUAUUGUGUGCUGGGGCGGGUGGAGCAUGUCGAAGCUUAGGAAAGGGGAAGGCGCUGAGCACGAUAUGGUUAUGAGCCAGUCGAGUAGGGGGUAG